GGGGGCUAGAGGCUAGGACCUGAGGCUGGGGGCUAGAGGCUAGGACCUACGACCUGAGGCUGGAGGCCCGUCUACAGGUCACUACAGGCUAGUCAGUCUCCAGGUAGUUUAAUCUACAAGUCAGUCUACAGGUUAGUCUACAGGUAGUUUAGUCUAGAAGUCAGUCUACUCAUAGUCUACUGGUAGUUUAGUCUACAGGUAAGUCUAGGUCAGUUUACAGGUAAGUCUACAGGUUAGUCUACAGGUCAGUCAGUUUGCAGGUCAGGCUACAGGUUAGUCUACAGGUAAGUCUACAGGUUAGUCUACAGGUCAUUCAGUCUACAGGUUAGUCUACAGGUCAGUCAGUCUACAGGUUAGUCUACAGGACAGUAUACAAGUCAGUCUGCAGGUAGGUGGUGUUAAGGUAAAGACACUGAAGCACAGAUUUAACCCCCUCUUUAAACCCCUCCCCCUCCCAUCUGCCACACUCUGCUCUCUGCCCACAUUGGAUGGCUGAGGAAGGCUGGUCUGAAUCCAAUCCUUUGAUUGGCUGAUAGUGGGAAAUAGAGAUAUGGGGGCGGGGUCCUCACAGACUUAAGCUGGGAGAGAGAGAGAGAGAGCGAGCGAGGUAGAGAGCGUGAGAGAGAGGAUUACAUUUGUAUUAGAGACAGAGCUAGAAUAAGGAGAGGACGUUUCCACGGUAACUUGUUUGUUGUUACAAAGAUGAGAACACAGGUCUGUUUCCAGAUGGACCAGGAGAGUAAGCCCUCAGCUCCUCAGCAGCUGACCUAGAGCCCCCGGAGGUCAGAGGUCGCCCCCAGGGCAUGACCCAGCCAGGCCAGGUCCUCCACCUCUACCUGGAGGUGCGCUCCCCAGGAGGAGGAGGAGAUGAGCAGUCAAAUCCUCGGAUGCUCCAAGGUCCUAGCCCCCCCCCCCCCCUCUCGCCGGACCCCCCCCCCACGGACCGCCCCCCCCGCCCCAGGACCAGCAGAGAUCCCAGCUCCCUUCCCCCAGACCCCUUGGACCCCCAGCACCCGGGAGCCCCCCAGCACCCGGGAGCCCCCCCUACGGAUCUGCCCCCCCCCCAGAGCCGGCGCUGCCAGGACCCGGACCGGACAAGACUCCUCACCCCUCCAGAGCCCCUCCCCCCCCGGGGAGGCCCCGGUCCGGGGCGAGGGAUGCUGUCGGCCCCGCCCGCCUCCCCCAGGCCGCGUCCUGAGGCGGGGCGGCGGUCUGUGGUGACCUUCAGCUACGUGCAGAAGGCCAACGUCCAGAGCCUGGACCCCCCCGGGACCCGGGACCCCCCCAGGACCCGGGACCCCCCCGGGACCCAGGACUACCCCGAUUCCCGGGACCGGCCCGGGACCAGGGACCGCCCUGGGACCCGGGAGCCGAGGUGGACGCCCGACCGGACGGACCCCCCCUCGCCGUGGGGGGGGGAGGAGCCUGACAGGAUGGACCCCGCCUGGUGCCAGACCCCCCACGGCUCCCCCAAUCGCAGCCGGACCGGCCUGGAGCCCCCACGGACCCCGGAGGAUGGGGGCUCCCCUGCCCCCCGGCGUGGGCCGGCCGGCCCAUGUCCGGGGGGCCACAGCCCCAGUCUGCCCCGACAGCCGGUGUCCCCCUGCGGAGGGUCCUGGGCCGGGUCCGGGUCCGGAUCCUGGUCCGGGUCCUGGGCUAGGGGCCCGGUCUCCCCGCGGGCCACCCGCACCCUGCCCUGCAGACCCCCGGCCCAGGACCCCGAUCCGGCGAGCAGCAGCUGGUCCGGGGGGCCUCAAAGGAGCCCCAUGCUGGGCCGCUCCUCCUCCCCUGCCAGGAGGUCCCAGAACCAGGACCCCCCACCGCCCUGGCUGGGGGACGAGAGCCCCCGCUUAUCCAGCCGCUACCGACCCCCGUUGCAUGCUGGGAGGCCCACUGACAUCCAGCACCACAUCCCUGUUAGCACUAGCACUAGCUACCAUACUAGCCCCCCCUGCAGCAUUAGCCCCAAUGCUAGCCCAACGUUCAGCACUAGCUACCAUGCUAGCCCCCCCCGCAGCAUUAGCCCCCAUGCUAGCCCAACGUUCAGCACAAGCUACUAUGCUAGCCCCCCGUUAGUCACUAGCUACCAUGCUAGCCCACCGUUUAGCACUAGCUACCAUUCUAAUCCAUCGUUAGGAGCUAGCUACCAUGCUAGCCACCAUGCUAGCCCCCCCUGCAGGACGAGCUACCAUCUAAGCGACACCAGCAUGACCUUGAGUCACAGCGCUCACAAUGAUCGUAGCACUGGUAACAAUAACAUGCACCAACAUGCUAGGAAUAGCAUGCAUCCUAGUGCUAGCAGUAGCCCUCACAGGUCAGUCUAUUCACCCCAAGGCUACAGCAUCGCUAGCGAUGCUAGCAAUAGUAGCAAUGCUAGAAGACCAUCAGCUAGCAGCCGGAGCAGCUCCCCCGCUAGGAGCCCUGAGGUAGCUCGUAGGCUAGCUAACAGGCUAGCCCUGGAGGCGUCCCGGUCCUCCCUGUUCACCGAGCGCCGCAGCCCCCCCCCUGAAGACCCACCGCCUGACGGCCCCCUGGUGGAGGGGCUCAUUCACGGAACAACCUCGCCCUGGGCCUCCUCCCCCGCAACCCCCCAGGACCCGGCCCCCCUGCUGCGAGCAGAACCAGACCGUUCGGAACGUGGGGGUACCCUCUGUCCAGUGGGGGGAGGCCAGGACCCCUGGAACCGGCACCCCGCCCCCUCCAGCCCCGCCCCCUCCAGCCCCGCCCCUUCAGGCCACACCCCCUCGAGCCAUUCCCCUUCAGGCCACAACAAUUCAGCCCUUCAGCCUCCUCAGUUCAGGGGGGAGGGGGGCUCCAGGAGGCUGCUGACCCCUAGAGAAGAGGCUCCUCCAGGGGGCCCCUCCCCCCGAGACCUGGACCCGGGGACCCCCCCGGAAUCCGGAGGGGGGGCGGGGCCCUCUCCUCACACAGAGGAGGGGGACGGAGGAGGAGGAGCGGAGGGGCGGAGGAGAGGGGCGGGGUCCUCCUCCCAGAGCUCCAGCGGGGUGACGGGCAGCGUGUCCGGCAGCGGGGGGGGGCGGGGCCAGCGGGGGAGGCGGGGCCUCCCAGACGGACGCGGAGGGCAGUUUGUCCCCAGAAAGCUGCAGCCAGUCCAGUCAGCGGAGCGACACGCCCACAACACCACAGAGCGAGACCACUCCAGACCCGAGUGCACGAUCCCAGAGGAUCGCUCAGGCCAAGUGGGAGUUCCUGUUCGGAGUCUCCACCCAGGACCCCGGCAGCUCUACAGACGGCCGCCCUCUGACCCGCCCCCCCCCCCCACUCCCUCCACCUGAAGCUGACCAAUCAGCAGAGCGGCUGGGAGCUGGAGGGUCAGAGGUCAUCGGGGCAGCAGCAGGUGC